AUGAGCUCGGAUGUUGCGAAUGACCAAUUGGGGAUCUAUUUCUGGCUUAAGGUGCGGUCUCGUCAAGAUAGGGCUGCCAAGUGUCGCGAGAUAAAAAAUAUCUUUGGUAAUGGAUUAAACCCCCAUGUCAACGACUUCCAACGGCGUUACGUAACGGAGGUGCGUCGUUGCAGCGAGAUGGAACGGAAGCUGCGAUGGGUGAGUGGCGAACUCUCGGAGCCUCCGCCCCCGCCCAAGCCGGCGCCUAGGAUCAUGACGCCGAGGGAAAUUAAUAUAUUAGAGGAAAGAAUAGACUUCAUCGAAUCGGAGAUUCAAGAGGUAACCAGAAACGCGCAAAAUCUCAAAACGGAUUAUCUCUCCCUCAUUGAGCUAAAAAUCUUAAUAGAGAAAACGCAAACGUUCUUCCAAGACCACAGCGCGCAUAGAAAGAUAUCUGCCUCAGUCCAGGUCUAUAAUAAUGAGGGAGUGACAGGGCAUUUGGGCUUCAUAGCCGGGGUUGUGGCGACACCUCGUGUUGCUUCCUUCGAGAGAAUGCUUUGGCGGAUAUCGCAUGGCAACAUUUUCUUUAAACAGGCCCAAAUUGACGAGCCAUUGAAGGACCCCGUAACGGGUCACGAGCUGCAAAAGACAGUUUUCGUUGUCUUCUUCCACGGAGAACAGAUAAAGUUAAGAGUGAAGAAAGUGUGCACUGGCUUUCAGGCUACGUUGUACCCAUGCCCCGCUACAUAUAAAGACCAGCAGGACAUGCUGGCUGGAGUCGAAAGCAGGAUUAAAGAUUUGGAAAUGGUCCUCGAGCAAACGGAGCAGCACAGAAAACUGGUGCUAGCAAAUAUAGCAAGAGAUCUCAGUACGUGGAUGGUAGCCGUUCGCAAAGAGAAGGCCAUCUAUCACACCCUCAAUAUGUUCAGUAUGGAUAUUAUCAAGAAGUGCCUCAUAGCUGAGUGCUGGGUGCCGAGACAGGAUCUGCCGCUUCUACAGAAGGCUUUGGAUGAUGGAGUGAAAGCAAGCGGCAGCCCCAUCCCGUCCAUAAUGCACCACGUGCGCACCCACGAGACUCCGCCCACCUUCAACAGGACCAAUAAGUUCACGAGGGGCUUCCAGAACCUCAUUGAUUCCUAUGGAAUCGCCAGCUAUAGAGAAGUUAAUCCAGCACUAUACACAAUAAUAACAUUCCCAUUCCUGUUUGCGGUGAUGUUCGGCGACAUGGGCCACGGUCUCAUCAUGACGACCUUCGCCGCGAUCAUCAUCAUCUUCGAGAAGACCCUCUCCAAGAACAAAUCGGACAACGAGAUAUGGAACAUAUUCUUCGGCGGGCGAUACAUCAUAUUGCUCAUGGGCAUAUUUUCGAUGUACACGGGUCUGAUAUACAAUGACAUAUUCUCCAAGUCCUUGAAUAUUUUCGGAAGCAGUUGGAUGAACGUAUAUGAUAAUGUGACGCUUCGGAAGUACAAGAUGCUUGACCUGGAUCCUCUUGACGCGUACACGAAGACUCCGUACCCGUUGGGAAUAGAUCCAGCUUGGCAGUUCGCCUCGAACAACAUAAUAUUCCUGAACUCGUUCAAGAUGAAGCUGUCCAUAAUAUUCGGCGUCGUGCACAUGGCCUUCGGGGUGACAUUGAGUGUGGUAAACUUCAAUUACUUCUCGAAGCCAUAUAUGAUAUUACUGCAGUACAUACCGCAGAUACUGUUCCUUCUGCUUCUCUUCUGGUACCUGUGCAUCAUGAUGUUCAUGAAGUGGAUCAUGUACUCCACUGAGGCGACUGACCCCGCCUUCGGAUCCGCCUGUGCCCCGUCAGUGUUGAUAAUGUUCAUCAACAUGAUGCUCCUGAAAGACACAGAAGUGCGCUCGCCGUGCAAGCCCUUCAUGUACGACGGGCAAAACGCGUUGCAACGGACAUUUUUGACUGUCGGCUUCUUGUGCAUACCAGUUAUGCUCUUCGGCAAACCCUUGUAUCAGAAAAUGAAGAAACGUAAGCACAGUUCCGGAGUGGAAGAAGGAGAAAGCCAAAAAACGGAAGAAGCAGAGGAAAGCAUGGGCGAGAUGAUGAUCACUCAAGCGAUACACACGAUAGAGUAUGUGUUGGGGGCUGUUUCUCACACCGCGUCCUAUCUGCGUCUUUGGGCUUUAUCUUUGGCUCAUGCCCAGUUAUCAGCGGUAUUAUGGCAGAGACUCCUGCGCAUGGGACUGGGUGGUGGUGGGCCUAUAAUGGCGAUCCCACUCUACGCCAUCUUUGCUGUGUGGGCCUUUUUCACGCUAGCUAUACUAGUCUUGAUGGAAGGGCUUUCCGCGUUUCUACAUACGCUGAGAUUACAUUGGGUUGAAUUCAUGAGUAAAUUCUACGAGGGCCAGGGUUACGCCUUUCUUCCAUUCUCCUUCGCGGUCAUCUUGGAGCAUGACGAGGAUGACGUCAAACCGAAGCCCACUAGUGGGACCCAAUGA